AACUCUUCACAAAGUUGGAUGCUGUUCACUUCUGAUUCAAUUGUUACUGACACAGGAUUUCAGCUUCGAUUGAGUGCCGUUGAAGAUUCUGCUACUAACCCACCCCUGCCUGACGUUACUGAUACACCAAUUUCGACAGUUCGUCUUGUGAAUGGUAGCGGGGCGCACGAAGGUAGAGUAGAAGUGUACCACGAUGGACUUUGGGGAACCGUAUGUGACGAUUCGUGGGACAUGGCAGAUGCACGUGUUGUCUGCAGAAGCCUGGGCUAUAGUGAUGCCAACUCGGCCCCUGGACUAGCCCAUUUUGGAUAUGGCAAUGACCCCAUUUGGAUGGAUAACCUUUUCUGCGGGGGCUAUGAGGAACACAUUUUCGAUUGUCCGCAUAAUGGUUUCGGAAAUCAUGACUGUGUCCAUGGCGAAGAUGCCAGUGUUAUUUGCAUACCAGAUCAAGCUGAACUGAUCUGCGACAGCGUAUCAAUGACGCUCAUAAUGGACAGAUCACUUCUAGAGAUCGGCGACAACGCCCGCGAUGUCCAUUUCGUAGACGAGUCUUGUGUUGGAUACGAUCAUGACAGUCAGCAUGUUGCGAUCACCACCAUGUACAACAGAUGUGGCACAAAACAAGAGCAAGAUGAAGAGAAUGUAAUAUUUACCAACACAGUGACGUUUUACAAGCCAAGUCCAGAAAACGGAACCAUCAUCACCAGAGAACACUAUCUUCACAUCCCUGUGACUUGUAACCUUAAGAGAACACAGGUUCUUGGCGAGUCAUUCCUGCCCAAGACGGAGGAAUAUGUAUUCGACGAAGAAGGGUAUGGUGAGUUUUCACUCCGCAUGGAGCGGUAUACGAGCUCCAACUUCCAAACACCUGCCAACGACUCCGGACUAGUGACGCUCCGCACGCCCUUAUACUUUGGUAUCCACCUGGCUUCGGUAACAAACCUCACCCUUCUCAUCGAGUCAUGUUGGGCAACAGGAUCAUCUGACCCAAUGGAUGAUCAUCGCUAUGACAUUAUUGAAAACGGGUGUGCCGUUGACAGCACAACGUACAUAUACGCAGGGUUCCCUGCAACGUUCAAGGCAUUCACCAUCGCCGCUUUCGCUUUCAUUGGUGAUUACGAUAGGGUCUACGUCCACUGCUCAAUCCUGAUCUGUGACAACAACGACUCGGGCUCCCGCUGCACGCAGGGGUGCCUCUCACGAUCUCGCCGAGAUCUCCAGCCCGCCGGCUACCGGUCCAAACCCCAUACCAUCACCAGCGGUCCUCUUUCUGAUGCCUCGCGUUCAAACAGGGCUAUGUUGCUUGAUACCGCCGACGGCGGACCCGAAUAUCAUGACCCUCUGAUGAUCGUCUCAGUGAGCGCCCUCUGUGUUCUCUUCUCCCUGACCGUCAUCAUGGCGCUGGUGAUUGUGCGCAUGCGUCGUCAUCGUCGUCCUGAACUAAUUGGCUAUCAGAGGGUGGAUACUACCGAAUAGGAUCAUAACACUUUACAAUGGAAAUAAAUUACUUGGACUCUCAUGACAAAGUAUUAAUGAAGGAUGACAUCUCAUUCUGAUUCUUUAAAUGUACCAUCAUU